UUCAAACCAUCACUCAACAGUCAAAGUUCAAUUUUCUGUAGAAAUGGGUAUGAAGCAUCAACCCUCUAAGACCUCCUCCUCAUCUUCUUUCUUCAGGUUUACAACCUUCCUUACGUUUGCACUCCUUGCCUCUCUUCUCUUCAUCAAACCACCAGCGCUGAAUCUCCAGGAACCAUUCUUUAGAUCGGAGCAUCCUCGAUUCUACGGUGAUCUUCGAGAGGCCCAGUUUCCGUGGAACAAGCUUUGCUUUGGUCCGGCCUCCGAGAAACUGAAGCUCGCUGUCUUCUCCAAGACAUGGCCGGUAGGUGCUGCCCCUGGUGGCAUGGAACGCCACGCCUCAACUCUAUACAGUGCACUCGCUGGAAGGGGACACGAGGUGCGUGUCUUCACUGUCCCAUCUGAUAGGCUGCCUCGCCCGGACAUCCACCAAGGUAGCCUCCAUGUCCACUUCGCGGCCAAUGACCAUGGCUCUGUCAAUUGCUCCCUAGCUUUUGAGAUCUUCAAUCGAGAGAACAUGGCUGGAGCAUUUGAUUAUGUCCACACUGAGAGUGUGUCAUUGCCGCAUUGGCGUGCAAAGAUGGUGCCUAAGGUGGCUGUCACUUGGCAUGGGAUUUGGUAUGAAAUCAUGCAUUCCAAGUUAUUCCAAGAGCUUCUGUUGGAGCCUCAGGGGGUUCGCCCAACACCCAGUGCCGACCUUCGGGACGCCAUGCCACGCCUAGUUGAUGAAAUCAGGUUCUUCUCCAGCUAUACGCAGCACAUAUGCAUUAGCAAUAGCGCAGGCGAGCUCCUUGUUAACAUAUAUCAGCUUCCUAGAAGAAAUGUCCAUGUUAUACUCAAUGGAGUUGAUCACACCAAGUUUGUCUACGACCCAGAGGUUGGUGCCAGGUUUAGACAACGAUAUGGAGUCCCUUCUAAUGCGAGCGUGGUGAUGGGAGUUGCAGGGCGGUUGGUAAGGGACAAAGGGCAUCCCCUUCUCUAUGAAGCCUUCUCAUCAAUAUGUGAGCGCCACCCAGGUGUUUUUUUGCUUGUAGCUGGAUCUGGCCCAUGGGGAAGACGAUAUGAGGACUUGGGGCCUAGCGUCAAGGUGUUGGGUGCAUUGGAUCCUUCGGAGCUGUCUGAGUUUUACAACGCACUUGAUGUGUUUGUGAACCCUACACUGAGACCUCAAGGGCUUGACCUGACAUUGAUCGAAGCAAUGCAAUGUGGGAAGCCUGUCUUAACCCCUAACUUUCCUAGCAUCACAGGGACCAUAGUCCUCAACCAAGGAUUUGGAUAUACAUUCUCUCCCAAUGUUGGUUCUUUUGUCGAGGCCUUGGAGUCGGCCAUAAGAGAUGGGCCAUCCGUUUUGCAGAAGAAGGGUAUGGCGUGUAAGGCAUAUGCACUGUCCAUGUUCACUGCAACUAAGAUGGCAUCAGCUUAUGAGAGGUUCUUUCUCUGCAUGAAGAAUGAUAAAUAUUGUAAAUACCCCCUUUCAACUGAUUGUUAGAAUCUUCUUUAAGGCAAGUUUCUGUAAUACUAUUCCUAGUUAUAUCAAUACA